UGAACUCGGCUCCCACGAUAAAACCCGAGUCGCCGUGUGUCCCUCCCUCCCUCCCUCCGACUCUCUCCACCCGGCUGCUGCAGCUCUCUCUCUCUCCCUUCCUGGAUCCAAACACACCAGAGAACCAUCAUGUCUGACAAACUGCCAUUCAAAGUUGCUGAUAUCAGCCUGGCCGACUGGGGGCGCAAGGCCAUCGAAAUCGCGGAGAACGAGAUGCCCGGCCUGAUGAAGAUGAGGGAGAUGUACGGUCAGUCCAAGCCCCUGAAGGGCGCCCGCAUCGCCGGCUGCCUCCACAUGACCCUGCAGACCGCCGUGCUCAUCGAGACCCUCACUGCCCUCGGCGCAGAGGUUCAGUGGUCGAGCUGCAACAUCUUCUCCACUCACGAUCACGCUGCUUCCGCCAUCGCCAAGGCCGGUAUCCCAGUGUACGCGUGGAAAGGCGAGACGGACGAGGAGUACGUGUGGUGCAUCGAGCAGACGCUGUACUUCAAAGACGAGCAGCCGCUCAACAUGAUCCUGGACGACGGAGGAGACCUCACCAACCUGGUCCACACCAAGUACCCCAAACUGUUGGCAGGGAUCCGCGGCGUGUCGGAGGAGACCACGACGGGCGUCCACAACCUGUACAAGAUGAUGAAGAAGGGCGAGCUGAAGAUCCCUGCCAUCAACGUCAACGACUCCGUCACCAAGAGUAAGUUCGACAACCUGUACGGCUGCAGGGAGAGUCUGAUCGACGGCAUCAAGCGAGCCACCGAUGUCAUGAUCGCAGGCAAAGUCGCCGUGGUGGCGGGCUACGGCGAUGUGGGCAAAGGCUGCGUGCAGGCGCUGCGCGGGUUCGGAGCUCGCGUCAUCAUCACCGAGAUCGACCCCAUCAACGCGCUGCAGGCCGCCAUGGAGGGUUACGAGGUAACCACCAUGGAGGAGGCUUGUACGGAAGGAAACCUCUUCGUCACCACCACCGGCUGCGAGGACAUCAUCCUGGGACAACACUUCGAGCAGAUGAAGGACGACUCCAUCGUCUGCAACAUCGGACACUUUGACUGUGAGAUCGACAUGGGCUGGCUCAACAAGAACGCUGCGGAGAAGGUCAACAUCAAGCCUCAGGUUGAUCGCUACCGCAUGAAGAGCGGCCGUCACAUCAUCGUCCUGGCCGAGGGCAGACUGGUGAACCUGGGCUGCGCCAUGGGUCACCCGUCCUUCGUCAUGAGCAACUCCUUUACCAACCAGGUUCUGGCUCAGAUCGAGUUGUGGGAGAACACCGAUAAAUAUCCCCUGGGAGUCCACUUCCUGCCCAAGAAGCUGGAUGAGCAGGUAGCCGCCGCCCACCUGGACAAACUGGGGGUGAAGCUCACCAAGCUGUCGGACAAGCAGGCCAAGUACCUGGGCGUGCCCUCCGAGGGGCCCUUCAAACCGGACCACUACCGCUACUGAGCCCGCUCAGCCGACAGGGGACGAAGAAGAGGAGGAGGAGGAGGAAGGAAGGGAGGAGGAGGAGGAGGAGGAGGGGGAGGAGGGGGAGGAGGUGUGGCUAGAAGGGAGAUGGGGUUUCGGUGGGUGGGAGCCGGUGGCACUCUGAGCACCACGUUUGGUUUUUGGCCAGAAUGUCGACUUCAGGGAAAAAAGACUUGUUAUUUCGUUUUUUGAAACAUCACCUUCCACUUGUAAAAACCUGCUUCACGAGCUGCGUCUCGUGUGGACGCCUCGUUCUGCUUCACGAAGGUUUCUGGUUGAAACGGGACUUUGCGGCUCCAUCGACACAAAGCUUCCGUUUUAAGUCGCAGCCGCCGACCUCAGUGUUCCCACCGACAGUCCUGCUCGUCACCCGUCUCCCCUCUCUCUCCCCUCUCUCUCCCCUCUCUCUCCUCUCUCUCUUUCUCUCUCUCUCUUUCUCUCUCUCUCUCUCGUCUCCUCUCCUUCAACUCCACCUCGUUUGUAAAAGAGGAUUCCUCUUUGUCCGUGUCAUUCCCUCUCCACUUGUGGAAUCAAAGAAACCCCCGAUGCUUUUUCUAUUUGAACUCUCUCUUCUCCGACUCGCUCGAGGGGAAAAAAAAAAAAGGAAGCCUUUUCACACCGCUUUGACAAAGCGGUUCAGCGGAACAGUGGCCUUACUCCGUUGUGUGUUCACACCAACGCCGCCCCGUGUUAGCACUUACAAGAGAAACCGUGCGAGACGUCACAGGUCUGUGUUCUCUACUCGUCCACGUCGGUUAGUGGCGAGCAACGAAAACGAGCGCCGCCGCCAAAGGAUCCACCAAAGCACAUCAUGGUUUGUUUCUGCCACAUUUUGACAAAGUCUUAUUCUUUCUGUUGCCUCGUUUUCUUCCUUAAUUGUGAUUUAUUUAAUUUGACUCUAAGGCCCCCUGUGAAACCCAUCAUGAGUUUUUUGAAAAACGGUUGUUGUUCUACUAAACGGUCGCAGCCUGAACGUUUCAGCGUUCAGCUGCAGGGGAAACGAUGGAUCGGGAAGUGUUGACGAUUGACAGAAAAGAAAAAAUAAUUAAAAGGAAAAACUCCGACGA